UUGGAUUAAAUUACUCACGAGAAAACACAGAGAGAGAGAGAGAGAUGAUAUGGCUCUUUGCUUGCUUUUCACUCCUUGGAAGAAGCGAAGCUCAAAACUAGCAAAUACUAACUUACACCUUCCAUUUUGUCCUAACUAUCAAAUCUCUGGAGAGUGGAGAGCCAAACUCGUGUCUCUUCCUUCUUCUUUCCAGCACUGUUCUCUGCAGUCAUGGAAGUCAAUACCAUUUUUGCUGUUGCUGCAGAAUCACCCAGUGUUGCUCUCGACGAGCAUGACCACCACCACCGCUACCACCAUCCACAUGUCCCCUCUAAAACCAUUCUUAUACUCAUCAUAACCCUCACCUCCUUCAUGCUGCUCCUCGCCAUUUCACUCAUCAUCUUCCUCCUCCGACGCCUUAAAUCCUUCCCCAGGAAUAAUCCAACCACUAAACUCGCCGCCGGCGAAGAAGAGCUUAACGAUACCAGCAGCAGAUUCAUGGCCUCAACAGCUUCCAACUUCACGUCUAGCCCAGACGUGAAAGGAGGUUGUAUUUAUGGAGGAAACAUGAACAUGAGCAGGCCAGCACUAGCAGCACCUAAAUUCAGAGGAGUUCAAGUGUUCACAUACAAAGAGCUAGAAGGGGCGACGGAGGGAUUCAGUGAAGCAAAUGUGAUUGGCAAUGGAGGAUCUGGUUGGGUGUACAAGGGAAUCCUCAGUGAUGGCACUCUAGCCGCCAUUAAGUUGCUUCGCAGGGAAGGUAAGCAAGGAGAACGUGCCUUCAGGAUAGAGGUGGAUCUUCUUAGCCGAUUACACUCUCCUUAUUUGGUGGAGCUAAUUGGGUAUUGUGCGGACCAGCGCCACAGGCUGCUCGUAUUUGAACACGUGGCCAAUGGGACCCUCCAACACCAUCUUCAUUCCGCUCAGGAUCAUCUUCAGCCGUUGGAUUGGUGGACCCGGAUGAGGGUGGCCCUUGACUGUGCCAGGGCCUUGGAGUUCCUGCACGAGCACGCGGGCCCCACGCCUGUGAUCCACCGCGACUUCAACUCCAACAAUGUCAUACUGGAUCAUAACUUCCGCGCCAAGGUUUGUGACUUUGGAUUGGCCAAGAUGGGCUCCGACAAGAUCAAUGGUCAAGUUUCCACCAGGGUUUUAGGGACCACCGGAUACCUAGCUCCAGAGUAUGCGUCCACAGGGAAGCUCACGACAAAGUCAGACGUAUACAGCUACGGCGUCGUUUUACUGGAGUUGCUCACUGGGCGAGUGCCCGUUGAUAUUAAUCGCCCUCCCGGUGAACAUGUCCUUGUCUCUUGGGCUCUUCCGAGGCUAACUAACAGAGACAAGGUGGCGGAGAUGGUUGAUCCAGCUCUGCGAGGACAGUACUCUAAGAAGGAUCUAGUUCAGGUAGCAGCCAUAGCAGCGAUGUGCAUACAGCCAGAAGCAGAUUAUAGGCCGUUGAUGACAGAUGUAGUGCAAUCUCUAGUACCACUUGUUAGGAACACAUCUUCUGUUAGUUCAUCAAGCUCAAGUUCAUUAAGAUUUCAAAAACAUGCAUCAAGUCCGAACCAUUCGCUGCUGCACAACAGAUAGACUACUCAAAAUCUGCUUAGAGGAAUAGUAUAACCAAAUAACUUUGCAUUUUAUUUCCUUGGGCCCUAUAUUUUCUUCAUUCUAGAAGCUUCUCAUUUAUAUAGAAUGGAAGGCGAACACUUGACUAGUUUGCCUUUCGGUUGUUAUGAAUUGUAGGGGUACACAAUGUAGGAGAGGAUGAUUUUUUAAAUGGAAUACAUAUUGCAAAGUGACAAUAACUUUCCAUUGUUUGAAGAGCUUA